CUUAGAUCCUCCCAUGAAACUUGCAGAGGAAGAAACUUCCUGAUUCCGGUAUGAAAUAACAUGAACCACUCGACAUAUCACCACAGUCUAAACGGUUCUCCUCCAAGUAGACGUCCAACCUGAGAGAGUCAACGGAAGUGAUCCUCCGGGACUGGAAACUCCGGCACAACAGAAGAAUCUGAAUCCUGUGAAUCUGAAUGCUGAGACGGCGAGAUAAACCCGGAUCGUGGCCUAGCGUAUGAUCCAGACCGAACCGGAUUCGCUUGUCAAGAAGACAUCAGACUCCAGUCCUGCCCAUCAGGUAGACAGCUUCACCUGGAGACUCAAUGGCUUCCAGAUCAGAAGAGGAUCUCUGCUGUCCCAUCUGCCAAGAGGUCUUCAGUGAUCCUGUCAUUCUGUCAUGUAGCCACAGCUUCUGUAAAGACUGUGUGGACAGCUUUUGGAAAGACAAACAAGCAAAAGUGUGUCCACUUUGUUAUAAAGAACAUUCAAUGCGUGAACCAACUUGUAACCUGGCGUUAAAGAACCUGUGUGAGACCUUACUGGAGAGAGAUCAGAGCUCUUCAUAUGCUCUCUGCAGUCAGCACUCAAAGAAACUAAAACUCUUCUGUCUGGACGUUCAGCAGCCAGUGUGUCUUGUCUGCAGAGAUUCAGAAAAACACACAGAGCACAGAUUCAGACCCAUCGAUGAAGCUGCACAACAACACAAGAAGAAGCUUCAGGAAACUCUGGAGCCCUUGAAGAAGAAGUUACAGAGUUUUGAACGUGUUAAAGUAGAGUUUGAACAAACAGCAGAACACAUUAAGGUCCAGGCCGGACUCACAGAGACGCAGAUCAAGGAGCAGUUUAAAAAGCUUCAUCGGUUUCUGGAGGAGGAAGAGGAGGCCAGGAUGGCUGCACUGAGGGAGGAAGAGGAGCAAAAGAGUCGGAUGAUGAAGGAGAAGAUUGAGUCUCUGAGCAGAGACAUAACGGCUCUUUCAGACACAAUCAGAACCACAGAGGACGAGCUGAGAGCUGAAGACGUCUCGUUCAUGCUCAACUACAAGGCUGCAGUGAAACGAGUCCAGCAGUGCCCCCUGCUGGAUGAUCCACAGCUGGCCUCAGGAGCUCUGAUAGACCAGGCCAAACAUCUGGGCAACCUGAGCUUCAACAUCUGGAACAAGAUGAAGGACGUUGUCACCUACAGUCCAGUGGUUCUGGACCCAAACUCUGCUCAUCAUCAACUCACCCUGUCCGAAGAUCUGACCAGUUUGAGAGGCGGAGGGGGACAGGAGGUUCCUGACAAUCCAGAGAGGUUUGAUCGUUAUCCAUUAGUCCUGGGAUCUGAGGGUUUCAACUCAGGGACUCACAGCUGGGACGUCCUGGUUGAAGACAGUAGCUGCUGGUCACUCGGUGUAAGAGAAGAGCAUGUCCAGAGGAAGGGAGAGUUUCGGUUUGUACACUGGGCAAUAUGUUUUGAUCACAGUAGAAGCACAGCAGUGUCACCAUCAGGAUCCUCUGAUAUCUCCUUGAAGAAGAGCCAGAGGAUCAGAGUGAAACUGUACUGGAACAGAGGAGAACUGUUGUUCUAUGAUCUUGAUACUUACACAGACAUUCAUACCUUCACACACUCUUUCAGUCAGAAGAUGUUUCCAUACUUUCAGAUUAGAGAUGCCUUGAAGCUGUUACCUGUGAAAGUCUCUGUGCGGAGCAGUUAGAGAUAAAGAUUUUAUUCAUUGUUUAUUUCUUGGAGAGAAAUCUGCUGAAUUUAAAUGUUAAACUCGUUAUUCUAUUAUUAUUAUCAUCAUUUGCUUUAUCUUUAUCUUUGGUUUGUUUUUUAUUUUCAUGGAAACCGUUUUCUAUCAUUUAGAUUUUGUGUGGAUCCAUGAAGUCGAGCAAACUGAUGAAGAUCCACAUGAAAACACAUUCAUCAAUAACAGCUAAUCAUUGUUCAGAUUCAACAAACUUUAUUAAAACACACACAAAGCAUGAUUCAUGUUUAAUCACAAAGUCUGUUCAUAUAUGAAAUAAUCCAACAUAUAUGAACAUUUGUCUGUUUGAUGUGAUGAAGCCAAAAUGAUUCUGUCUGUAAAAGUGUUCAUUCAACAGCAGCCUAGUGAUGUGAUUUUAAUA